GGCCUAGGAGGGGCUGGGCCCCACAUUGGCCUGUCCUGCUGGCCUCAGGCACUGGAUAAAAAUAGUCGCUGGUCUCUGAGAACAUGAGCCGACCCUGGAGCCAAGGGUUCCGGUUUGGGCUCUUUGCUCACCUCUGUGUGACCAUGGCCAGAACCCAGCCCACUCUGGGCCCCAGCAGCCCAGCAGCCUGUCAGGAGGGGUCCUGAGGCAGGCCUGAGGGGGGCAGGGAGAGUGCCUGGCGGAGGGCUGUGGUCGUGCCCUGCGUGUGAAGCUACCGAGGAAAGGUGGCUCCAGGCAGAGGGACAAGGAAGGCGGUGUGGGGAGGUAGGGAGCCCCCUUCUCCGCAGGUCAGGCCCAGGCCCAGGCCCAUACCAGGGGCUCAGCAAAUGCAGGCUGCCUCCUCCCCCUCCCCCCCAAGCCGGACUCUGGACCUGCUGCUUCUCAGACGUCUCCAUGACAACCAGGGCCUUGGAGGAGUUGGAUGGAGGCCUGGGCAGUUGCCAAGUGGACGAGGACCUCUCUGCACUGGCUGACCCCUGCCCAGGCCGGCCCCGGGAGGACAGGGCUCAAGCGACAUCCAGGCUGGCCGACUCCAGCAGCUGGCCCCGUGAUUCUCAGGAGCCGGCAGCUGAGGGCAGCCCCGCAGGCGGUGUGGAUGCUUGGCCCAAGAAAACAGAAAAGGAGCCUGUGGACAAAGUGGCCUCCGGACCGGGUAAGGAGAGGCUGAAAGCAGAAGCAAGUCCCCGGAGCCCCGCGCGGAAGAAGGCGCAGGCCGCGCCGCCCUCGCAGCCGCCGCCCACGCCCCCGGUCCUGAGCGAGGAGCUGCUCUGGGGACACCUGACGCUCAACAAGUGCCUGGUGCUCGCCUCGCUCGUGGCGCUGCUGGGCUCCGCCUUCCAGCUGUGCCGAGAGGCCGUGGCGGGGGAGGCGGAAGCCCCUGCGCCUGUCCCUGAGCCGUGGGUCCUGCCAAGCUCGUCCCUGAAGGAGCCAGCGUCACCCCUGCCAAAGUCCGUGGCCUGGGCCCCCCCACUGGGAUCGCUCGAGCCCCCGGCGAAGGUAGAGGAAAGGGCCGCGGUUCCCAGGAGCAGCGGGGCUGCAGGGAAGGACAAAGGGGAGUCUGAGGAGACCGCUGAGGAGGAGCGCGUGCCGCUUGCCGACCGAGGGCCCAAGGAGAGGCGGAAGAAGGCGGAGAGGCUGAGAAAGGAGAGGCCCCGGAAGGAGAGGCCACAGAAGGAGGAGAGACCGAGGAGGGAGAGACCCCGGAAAGAGGAGAGGCCGCGGGCUGCCGGGGAGGCCCUACACCGACGCUGGGAGGCGCGCGAAGGGGGCCAUCGGGCAUGGGCGGGAGAGUCCAGAGACCCCGAGCAUAGGAAGAGGCAGGCCUGGGCCUCCCCGCGGCGCCCCGAUGAGGAAGACCGGCCUCCCGGCCGCCAGAAGCACCACGUGGGCAAGGGGCGGGACUGAGCCAGACCUGGGUCCUGCGCGGGGGUCCCUGAACCUCUGCUCGACCGCCCCGCAGUUCCAGCAAAUAAAGCGAGCGCUGUGGUCCCCCUCAUCGCCUGCUCCUUUGUGCCUGGACUCCAGAACCUGCCCGGGGCCUGAGUGACAGGGAUGGGGAGCUUUAGGCGGCUGUAGGGGGGGGGGGGGCGGGGGCGGGGUC